AAAGAAAAAAAAUAAUACCUUGGGGCGAGGGUGGAGGAGACAGAGAUAGAGUAAACCAAACCAAACCAAACCAGAACAGGAGAAAUGGCAUGUCGGUCUGUUAUUUCAUCUUCCCUUCACAUGACAAACUCCAUGGCCGUUAAGGGUGUCCUCUCCUUCGCACCUAACCCUCCUCUGUUUUAUCGUCUCCCCAAAGCCGUCACCUUCGUUUCCCUUUCUGCUUCCACUAAACCCCCCACGAAGUCAUUUCAAGUGAGAUCGGUUGCUGGUACUACAGAAGCUGCAUCAGGGUUUGAUGAAAUGGUUUCUGGGACCAAGAGGAAGUAUUACAUGCUAGGUGGGAAAGGAGGCGUUGGGAAGACAAGCUGCGCUGCUUCACUUGCUGUUAAAUUUGCCAAUAAUGGACACCCAACUCUGGUGGUGUCCACUGAUCCAGCACAUUCUUUGAGUGAUUCUUUUGCUCAGGAUUUGACAGGGGGGGCAUUAGUGCCAGUGGAAGGACCUGACUAUCCACUUUUUGCCCUUGAAAUAAACCCUGAGAAAUCUAGGGAAGAGUUUCGAAAUGCUGCUAAAAAAAAUGGUGGAACUGGGGUCAAAGACUUCAUGGAUGGCAUGGGUCUUGGAAUGAUUGCAGACCAGUUGGGAGAGCUAAAACUGGGAGAACUUCUGGAUUCACCUCCUCCUGGACUGGAUGAAGCUAUUGCGAUCUCCAAGGUUAUGCAAUUUCUUGAAUCACAGGAAUAUAGCAUGUUUACUCGAAUAGUGUUUGACACUGCACCUACGGGCCAUACAUUACGAUUGUUGUCCUUGCCCGAUUUCUUGGAUGCAUCUAUUGGCAAGAUACUAAAGCUAAGAGAAAAGAUAGCUUCUGCUACAUCAGCAAUUAAAUCUGUGUUUGGGCAAGAAAAUACCCGACAGAAUGCUGCUGACAAAUUGGAGAAACUUAGGGAGAGAAUGUUAAAAGUGCGCGAGCUUUUUCGUGACACAGAUUCGACUGAAUUUGUGAUUGUUACAAUCCCCACGGUGAUGGCAGUUAGCGAGUCAUCUAGAUUGAGUGCUUCCCUGAAGAAGGAAAAUGUUCCCGUGAAGAGACUGGUUGUCAACCAAAUUCUUCCACCAUCUCCAUCUGAUUGCAAGUUUUGUGCUAUGAAAAGAAAGGAUCAGAUGCGUGCUCUUGAUUUAAUUCAGAAUGAUCCAGAACUUUCCAGCUUAUUGAUGAUCCAAGCACCACUCGUUGAUGUUGAGAUAAGAGGUGUUCCGGCUCUCAAAUUUCUCGGUGACAUUAUUUGGAAAUGACUUACACACAUCAAGCUAUGAUUAGGUUAAAUUUAGGAAUUUGCUGAAGCUGGCCGUUGAACUAUAGACGCGUUACAUGACAUCAAGGCUAUUUAUGUAACGAAAGCUGCAAAUCAGAUGAGUUCGCAUUCUGGUCCUGACACUUCACCGGCUUCCAAUAUUUACAAGCUACAGUUUCGAAACACGAAACCUUUUUGGUUUUUCACGUUAUAAAUCUUGUAUCUGGACUAAUUCUUUUUAGCUUCCCCACAUUUAGGCCUUUUUGUUGGCAGCAAUAAUGAUUUUUAUGUUUUGAAUUGUUGACAGAACGAUAUUCUUGAUAUAAACUCACGAAAUUAUAUAUAAGAAAAGUUCCAAUGA